AUGUCACUAAUCAUUCACGGUUCCUUAGCUCGUGCUGGUAAGGUUAAGUCUCAAACCCCAAAGGUUGAAAAGACUGAAAAGCCAAAGUCUCCAAAGGGUAGAGCCUACAAGAGAUUGUUGUACACUAGAAGAUUCGUUAACGUUACCUUGACCAACGGUAAGAGAAAGAUGAACCCUUCUCCAUCUUCUCAAUAA